AGUGAGAGAGCGUUAGGGCCACCCGUUUGAUUGUAGAACGACGAGCGACGAAUUAAUGAACUGUGUUCCAUUAUCCAAUUACUGGUAUCUCGCGAGCCAUCCGCAAUGAUAUCGUCGGUAUCGGAGCUAAUUUUGGCCGCCCUCGGGGUGCUGCUUGUGUCGAACGUGUUGGCGUACGUGAUAAGGUACGUGCGCCAUCGUCCCUCGGAUCGGUUUCCACCGGGACCGCCCCGGGUGCCGCUGCUGGGCAGCUAUCCGUUCCUGUUGGCCCUCAACUACCGCCAUUUGCACCGGGCCGCGGCCAAAUUGAGCGAACUGUACGGGAGCAACAUCCUCGGGCUGUAUCUGGGCCCUUUGCCGGCCGUCAUCGUAAACGAUCAUGCGCUCGUCCGGCAGGUACUGCAGCGAAGCGAGUUCGACGGACGCCCGGAUCUGUUCCUGGCACGGCUCCGUGACGAGCAGUACGCACGACGAGGAAUCUUCUUCACCGACGGGGACAGUUGGCGCGAUCAGAGAAAGUUCUUCCUCAAGACGCUGCACGAAUAUGGGUUCGGGCGGCGAAAUGACACCGUGGAGCAGGAUCUACAGAGCGGGUUGGAAGAACUGAUCAGCCUGCUGAAAGAGGGACCAAAACACGAUCACGAAAAAGCGCUACUCAACGCGUCCGGAUAUGCGCUCUGUCCGCAGCUUUUUUUCGCACUCUUUUCAAACGUCAUGCUGCGCAUGCUCACCGCAUCCCGGGUGGAGCGCGAGGAUCAAGCCGUGCUCUUCGAGGUUGGCGCCAAUUCGCUCGCCUUCCAUCGCCAGGGCGAUGAUUACGGGCUCGCAUUGAGCUACAUACCCUGGAUACGACACAUUCUGCCCGGGUUCAGCCGCUACCGAGUGCUGCGGGAGGCGAAUCAGAAGGCGAACGGAGUGAUCAAAGCACUCGCCGAGCAGUGUGAGAAAACGUACGACGAAAACGAUAUGCGUUGCUUCAUUGACGCGUACAUUCGCGAGAUUCGGCGCAAUGGCACCAACGCCACGACGGGCACCGAUUGUUUCGGGUUUGAGUACGAUCAACUGGUUAUUGGAUGUGCCGACUUUCUGGUGCCUGCUUUUUCUGCCAUACCGGCCAAACUGGGACUGAUUCUGGAGCGCUUGGUGGCCAACCCGGAAGUGGUCAAGAGGAUGCUGGAAGAAAUUCUACCAAACGUGGGCCACGAACGGCUACCACUGCUAGACGAUCGUGGCAAUAUGCCAUACUGCGAGGCAGUUGUUCGCGAAGCACUUCGCAUCGAUACGCUGGUGCCGUCCGGAAUCCCGCACGUUGCCACGGUGGACACGGAACUCGCCGGAUAUCAGCUUCCUCGGGGAACGCUGGUCAUCAACGGACUGGAUAAAGUGAACCAUCAGGAGGAUAUUUUCGAGAACGCGAACUCGUUCCGCCCCGAACGGUUCCUCGACGAUGCCGGAAAGCUGUGUCUAGCGAAGGACAUGUCAUUGCCAUUUGGCGCUGGCCAUCGAGUGUGCGCUGGGGAAACGUUCGCACGCAACGCACUCUUUCUCACGGUGACGACGCUGGUGCAGCAGUUCGACUUCAGCACGGAGCAUCCACCGGAACCGAAGCAACACCUCACUGGUGUCAUUCGCACAGCUCCCGAUUAUAGAAUUAAGUUUUCGGCACGGGGGAAGGAAUCCACGAUGCUGAGGCUUCAGCGGUUGAUACUGCACUCCACAAGAACCACCCGGCACGGAACCGGUUCAGUAACCAGAGAGAUGUUCAUAACGACGAGCGUGCUCCUCUGGGGCACCGUGUGCUCGCUUGUGGUCUACUACUUCUAUCGUUCGACAUCGAAGCGACCGGACAAAUUUCCUCCGGGGCCACCGCGGUUACCGUUUCUCGGGGACUAUGGCAUGCUUUUGCUGAUCAACAAUCGCCACCUGCAUAAGGCAGCUACGGCACUGUGCAACUUUUACCGUACCAAGCUGCUUGGCGUGUCCCUCGUGAACUUUCCGGCGGUUGUAGUUAACGAUCUGGCCUUAGCACGUGAAGUGUUGAAUCGCAAGGAGUUCGACGGGCGACCCGAUUUGUACUUGGCCCGGAUGCGCGACAAAAACUUCAAUCUCCGCGGCAUCUUCUUCACGGACGGUCCGAACUGGAAGGAGCAACGGUGGUUCAUUCUGCGUUACCUGCGCGAUUACGGAUUUGGUCGCAGGUUUGCCGCGCACGAAGCGGAAGUGAACAGUGAACUGUUGAAUUUGAUCGACGUGCUAAAGCACGGGGCCAAGUAUGAGCACGAAAAGAGCGUCAUGAAAGACGGUUAUGUGAAGUGUCCCAACAUUCUGUUUGCUCCCUUUGCGAGCGCGUUUCUGCAAAUCGUGACGGGCGAACGGUUUACGCGUGAGGAAUCUGGCAUUUUGUACGAAACUGGCAACAAUGCAAUGGUUUUCCAGCGGAAGGGAGAUGACUAUGGGACGAUCCUCAGCUACUUCCCGUGGACGCGCUAUAUUUACCCUAUUUCACGAAAAUAUGAAGCUAUUCGUAACGCCUCAAUGGCCGUGAAUAACUUUAUUGAUUCGGUCAUCAACAAGUACCAGAGCUCGUACGAUGAAAACCACAUCCGCUGCUUUCUGGACCUGUACUUCCGGGAGAUGAAGAAAACCACCCCAAAGGAGGCAAAUGAAUUCACCUUCCAGCCCGAUCAGAUGGUGCUCGGUUUGGUAGACUUCUUCUUUCCUGCCAUCUCGGGAGCAACCACACAGAUUGCGAUGCUUCUGGAGCGACUCCUGCACAACCCGCACGUGGUCGAGCGGAUGCAGCAGGAAAUCGACCAAGUCGUCGGUCAAGGACGGCUUCCAACGCUCGACGAUCGUCCGUACCUUUCCUUCACGGAGGCAACCCUUCGCGAAGGCAUGCGAAUAGAUACACUGGUCCCGUCCGGUGUUGCGCAUCGGGCGCAAAGUGAUGCCACACUUCACGGGUACGAAUUACCGAAGGAUACCUUCCUCCUCAUCGGCAUGGAUGCGAUGCACAACCAGAAGGAGUACUGGGGAGAUCCGGAAACGUUCCGCCCCGAACGGUUUCUCGACGAUGCCGGAAAGCUGUGUUUAGCGAAGGACAUGUCAUUGCCGUUUGGGGCUGGCAAACGAUUGUGCGCCGGGGAAACGUUCGCCAGAAACAUCAUGUUUCUAACGCUUGCCGCCCUUAUGCAGCACUUUAACUUACGGCAACCUCCAUCAGACCGUCUGCCGGAUUUAUCGAAACGAUCAACGGGUGUCAUCAUAUCGCCUGCGGAUUUCUGGCUGCGCUUUGAACCAAGAUAAAGUAUCCGGCUAUCGAGAAGGGAUGUCAACCGAAGUCUUAGAUGCAUGAUGCCACACGGGAUACAGAACUAAUCAUUCGGUUGUAUUAGGUUAUCCUUGUGUGUUGACAAUAAUAUGAAGAUGUUCUAAUCUAAAAUAUGCAUUCAGGUGUCACAGAUAUGCGGUUAAAUCGACAGAUAAAAGUUAUG